AUGACUGGCUCAGUCAAAGAUUUUACUUCUUUUGCCAAGAAAAAAAAUGAAAAUAUAAUUUUCACCUAUUGUUUUCUACAUAGAGAAGUCCUUAUGACAAAAACAUUGGUAGGUGAUUUAAGGGAAGUUUUGGAUCAAGUUGUGAAAGUGAUAAAUCAUAUUAAAAGUAGUUCACUAAAGUCAAGGUUGUUCGAAAAAAUGUGUAAAGGUAUGGAUUCAGAUAACUCAAAGUUACUUUUUCACAGUGCAAUAAGAUGGUUAUCAAGAGGCCGAGUAUUAUCACGUUUUUAUGAUUUGAGUGAAGAAAUAAUUGUAUUUUUAACAAUAGAAGAAUCGUAA